GAUGACCAAGCCACCCUACCUCCAGAUCAACCCUGCGGCAUUCCCCCUUGGCGAGAAAACCCACGCAAAUGGGGUGCCCCUACCCGACUACUCGACCUCCACCAGGGUCCGUCUCGGUCCCGAAGCAACUUGGAUGCUCUGCCCCGCCAGUUUCGCCUCCUUUCCCACCCGUCUAUGGCUUCGCUUCUCAAGGCGCUCUGGUCGUCGCGCGACUCAUCUGGCUGCUCGGUCACCACCAUGCGCGCCGUCCCUGGGGAGAUGCAAACCUUCCAGGUAUCGCUGAACACCGCCCCUGGGGGAAAGGCAUGAAGCAUAGGGUGUGUGCCUUCGGGUUCGCAAUUGGCUGCUUGGGUUCUGAGGCAGCUCUCCUCGCCUGGCUAUAUACUGGGAAUGAACCGGCAUAUUGGAUGUCCUUGACGUUGCCUUGGACGAACGGGCUCGUGAUUGAGACCUAUAUUUGCUGGCAAAUCGUCGGCUUCUUUCCCCCGGUCCUGUCGGAACAUCUGUGGUUACGUCUAGGGUUAAUCCUCGCCGCCGUAGUCACCAUCACGUUUCAGCUCUGUGGUGUUCUGGUACCAUUGAAAGCGCUCGCUUUUAUUGCAAACGCCGUCUUCCGUUUUACAGUGACGGCCGCUAUCGCUCUUUACAUCUACAAGUGGCCGACCACGAGGACACGAAAAUUUAAGCUCAUUGGAUGUCUUUUCGGAUUCGCAACUCUCGCAGACGUUCUUCUCGCCCUUUUGUUCCCUCUUCACUACCAGAGUUCUCUCAUCCAUGUGUAUUGCUUGACACAUGCUCUCCUAGAACUCGCUAUUCUUUUUCUUCUGUAUGCCAUCCGAGUCUGGAAAACCGAGAAUAGGGGGAGCCAUGGCUUUAGAGCGUCAACAAGAGCAUUGGGGUGUACGUCGAUUAACACCGAACUAUCCCAGCCCACAUCGUAAUCUUCGGUACACGAAAGGAACGUAAUAGGGAAGAAACUUGCGGGCGAGUCGGCUUGACAAGUGAACGCCGCCCAACGACGAAUCCGGUU